UCUCGCUCGGCUAAAUCGGAGUACAGAGAUUACGGACUACGGAACACGACGAAAUGCAGUUAACCAGUGCCUCUGUGUGCCUCGUGUGGAUGGGUCUACUCAGCUGGGUGUCCCACGCAGUCGAUGCCUCCCAAGGAUUUCCAUCGCCGCUGAAGCGCUGCAAGCUGCAGGAGGAGUCGUGCCUGGUGGCGCAGGCGCAGACCUUCUUCCAGGCCUUCAAGAAGGGCAUUCCGGAGCGGCAGGUGGCCGGACUGGAGCCCAUUGACUUGGGCACGAUGCGCAUCGAGAGCGGCGGCCACUCGGAGUCGCUGAAGUUCAAGCUGGUCAUGAGCAAUGCCAAGCUGUACAAUCUGUCCAACUCGGUGGUGGUCAAGAGCCUGAAGGGCUUCACCAAGGACCUGACCAAGCCGCUCAAGCUCACCCUGCUCAUGGACACCCCGGAGCUGGAGGUGCGGGCCAAGUACGAUGUGGACGGCAAGCUGCUCAUCCUGCCCAUCGUCAGCAAGGGCGACUUGACCAUCCGGAUGAACGAGGUGCAGACAAAGUCGCGUAUUACCGCGGAGCCAGUGAAGCGCUCCGAUGGCCACAGCUACCUCAACAUCACCGACUACAAGACGAUCACCAAGAUCAAGGGUGGCCACUUUGACCUGUCCAAUCUGUUCGACGACAACAAGGAGCUGCGGGAGAGCACCCUGAAGGUGCUGAACCAGGAGUGGAACACCCUGGCCCUCGAUGUCCAGCCGAAGAUCAACGAGGCGUGCUCCAAGGCCUUCAGGGCCAUCCUCCAGAGCCUGUGGGCCAACAUACCCUACGACGAGUUCUUCGAAGCGGAAUGAACGCAUAUCUCUACAUAAGUCGAACUACUAAGUUAACUACAGACUAAGUUACACAAUUACUCGCAUUAUUCAAAGCGAAAUCCUUCCCAGAUUGAAGCCACUUGAUAUGGUUUUUGAUAUGGUUUAUUGUACAAUAAAUAAAUGGAACAGUUUCGGAUAAAUAAA